UGACGGUGGCCUGCGACGUCGCCCAUGGUUGCCCUGCUGGCCCCAUUGGCCUCGUUUUCCGGUCACUGCUUCGAUGCCAGUUCGCAUGAGGCUCAAAAGCACCGUGGUGUCCCCCGCGCAAGUCAGCCUCUCUGCCACAUUCGCUGCUGUCCCUCAUGGACUCAACCCCAGCCGCUCCCUCCAGGUGCUAUGCCGGCGUUGUUCCCCACGCCAGAACUGGCUGAUCUUGCAGUUCGCGCCACAGGCAAUGCGACUGACGGCCUGCGAGUCGUCUGCGCCUGGCCUGUCUCCGGCCAAUAUGGCCCCGGGUCGCGGGUGCUUUACUACGUUCUUGUCGCGGCUUGUGUGCUUGCGCGCAACGUUGUGUGGCUUCGAAAGGCGUGCUUGGCCGCUGCGCUGCUGCUGCCCGCUGUCGGCUCGUUACACGCCCUCGUGCUUGCCUCGCUCCACGUCAAUGGCGUCGUCGACAUGGACAUUUAUGGAGCAUUCCAGGUCUGUUCCAUAGCCAUUCUAGCGGCUCCACUCACUGUUCGCCUGUCCAAGACGUACUUUUACGACCCCGGUCGCAACUUGAUCUUUCUGUGGACCGCCCUCAUUCUGGCGGGCCUGCUUGCUCUCGCCGUCGAAUUCUACCGUGUUACGCCCAUCAUCUGCCCCGAACAAGUUCCGGGUGGGAGUAAUUUCCCCUACGGAAUCACCAAAUGCGGUUUGAGUUGCGACGAAAAUGAUCCCAAAAGCCCUUAUUCCCCACUGCGCGCUGGUCCCGCCGCUAAUAUCGGCGUUAUUCCUGUGCCGACAACCUUGACAUUCAACACUGGCAUGUUGCUAGCCACAGCAUGUUGCGUGCCCGCAGUCGUCUCGUUGAUGUUUACGUGGGACAAGAUCCUCGCGCUUCACUGGAAGCGGCGAUUCGGACACAGUGAGGAGACUCAGCGGAACAGGAGCAUAGAGCCAAUAGAAGGAACGAACGGUGCCACCGAGGCGCACAUGGACGGCAUCAAUGGCGCUAUUCGACGAGUGCUGGGCGUGAUAGAGAUUCCACUGUUCAGCAGCGCGAUUCUUGCCAUCCUUAUUGCCGGAGAAAUCAAUUUCUUCAGCCACCAAGUGCGCUGGGAGACCGAGCCCAUAGCCUCGGUCGGGCAAUGGGGUCCUAUCGCCGGUACAGUUCUGGCCGCUCUCGGAUCGCUGUAUGUUCUCGCCAUGACUGGAGGAGAAAAACAACUUGGCACCCCCAACAGCCCCGCAGAGUGUGCAUGCGGUAAUCACCUCCAACGGCAACCGACGUUCACCCUCGAGCCAGAUAGCGAUGGCUCUCCAAGCCAGAUAAGUCUUGAUGACCACGGCGUACCUAUAGGCAUUCGGAGGUCCCAUGAAACAUUCGUAACAGACAGCACUCAUCCGCGCAGAUCUACGGAUCCAGGCGGGCGACGCAGAGUUGCCGAGAUGCUGCAGAAGGCUGGCGACAAACUCGGGUCUGCCGCCCACAACAAAUACGAUGCGAAACAGUACAACAAUAGUAGAGCGCGCGAGUUCCCAGAAAUUCCUGGUGAAGCUGCACGUAAUCCUGAAUUGACUGAGCUCAAGAGGCAGUAUAGCCUACGGAGAGACGUGGUCUUACGGGAGGAGAACUCAAGAGCCGUCAGCCCUUCACCAAGUAAUCUUACAUUUCCGGAUGUUGAUCUCAGCCCCAACACCAGCCCAGUGCUUGGACAGGGCGGUUUUUCUGAGAGCCCAGAGAGAAUGGCCACACGACGCGAAACAGUUGAGGCCUCGUCACCAACGCGAACGAGCUUCCCGGACCUUGAACGGGGUCGGCCACCUGCGCGACGAGCUACCCUUGAAGUACCCUCUCCUACAAGGGCGGCAUUUCCAGGGACUGAUUGUAACGCCGUACCCGCUCGACGAGCCACACUUGAAGUGCCUCCCCCCACAGAAUCUAGCCAAAGUAGCGCGAAUCGCGAUCGCGAUCGCACUUAUGCAAGGCGUUCUACUUUGGAGGUACCGUCUCCGACCCAUCGGCCAGCAUUAUGAUUUCAAGGACCAUGAUUUUGUCACCACUGCAUAUGUAUAUCCUACUAACAUUUAGAAAUUCUACACUGCAUAUGCGUUUAGCGGCAUUGCUUCUCGGGAGGAAAACGUUGAUAGUAUAAAUAGUAUUUGAU